GCUCCGGAGCACGCUCUGCCGGCGCCCGCCACCAGCAACGAACCCCGGCCCGCGCUCCAGCCCCGCUUGUGCUCACAGUCGGCGAUCGGGUUCGGAGCAGAGCGAACUCGAGCCCCCGGGGGACCUCCGUCGAACGACCAUCAGCAGCCCUCGUCGCCCCACCGCCCGCCCAGCAUCCAGCCAUGACGACGUCGACGACCGAGGUGAACGUCACCACGACGACCCUGACCAGGGCCACCUCCAAGGCCGAGCUCGUGGACGAAAAUCCGGACCUGGCCGCCGAAUGCAUCCAGCACGGCGCCGAGCUCAAGGUCAUCGAGCCGCAGUCCAUCGCCCAGCCCAUGCUGGCCAACUACGAGCCCAUGCUGACCAAGGUGUGCACCGCGGGUCGGACCGGGCAGCUCCUGCCCGGAGGGCCCGCCGACCGCCAGUUCGACCGGGACGAGUCCAGCAGCGUCACGAUGGACGUCCGCAAGAUGUUGGACGAGGAGAACAUCGACAACGACAAGGUGUACCAGCACAAGCUCGAGGGCAGCGAGGUGCGAAAGCUCGCCGAGAGCCAGGCCCUCAAGGAGGCACUGCAGGAGACCAACGCCUACGACGGCGCGUACAUGCAGAAGUUGCUCGCCAAGGGACAGGUCAUCAAGAAGCGCAACCUGAUGGAGACCGCGGUCGCCAAGAGGGUCCAGACGCGGAGGGAAAACGAGGCCACCAAGACGAGCACCAGCGGGAGCACGCUCAAGAGGAACGUUGAGGAGGUGGGCAACGCCGAGGAGAGCGUCGAGAAGGCCGAGAAGCAGCAAGAGAACAUCGAGAAGGUCGCGUGCGUCAACAAGCAGGCCUGCUAA